AUUGAAUUAAGAUCUACAAGAGACAAACAGCAAACACUUUAAGUUUAAUUUCCCAACAAAAAUAGCACAAAUCCAACUUUCACUCCAUAGUUCUCCACCUGCAGCGUCUUCCUUUAUGUUUAACUUGAAGGCCAUGAAAUUGUUGACGUGACUGAUAAGACUGUGUGAACACUGAGCUGAUUUAGGUUAUUCUAUAUGAGAGAUUUCUGUGUUUAGAUUUAGUUAUAGCGCAUGUUCCUGCACAAAGAAAUAAAUAUGAAUUUGUGGUUAUUAACGUAUUUCUACUGCAAAGCAUCAUCGUUGCAGUUUAUCACACAACCACAAGAUGCCAGUAUCACAUUGUCUUGGAUCAGGUUAGUAAAAAAAAUACAUUUUAUGAAAGUGUUGAUUAGUUAUAUUUUAUUCCUCGCACCAAGAUGCAAGAAGAUUUUCAGUCAGAGAAAGAAGUGGCGGGGACCACGGGCGGACAGAAACAGUGUGAUGCUGUAGUCAGUGCAUAUUCUAAACAGAAGGGUGUGUGUUUAUGUGUGUGAAAGGGGGAGUGAGUGAGAGAGAGAGAGAGCAAAACUGGGUGUCAAAAUCUUGAGCUCUGGGAAAGCCUCCCAGUCUGUGUGCUGUGUGGGGAAGCAGCAGCACAGUGAAGGUUUCCAUUUGGGAGAGUGUUUAAGGAAUUACCAAAAGUUCACUUUGCCUGAAUGACGCAGCAGUGGAUGGCUCGUGAAGGUUAUGCACAAUGGAGAUGUUCGCCUGUCAGUGCUUUGCUUGGAUACUUUUGAAAGGAACCAUAUGUCUGUUGGUUCUUGGACCACACCAGACACACAGCAACUUUACCUUCACCAAGAGAGCACCGCCUCAUCCCAGCAGAGCCCACGAGAUUUCUUCACAGCAGAAGAACUCUGUGUUUCAGUCCAGGAGUCUAACUCAGCACACCAAGCUGUCCCGUAACCCCUUCGUCCCUCUUUCAAAGCAGGGAUUUUGGGAAAUACUUGGAGGAAACUCGCAGCUGCACUCCAACCCAUCAUUAAAGAUAAAGCUUCAGCCCAUCAUGAAAGUUCAUGGAACAUCUAAAUGGUCCGGGACGUUCAUCUGGGGGGACUUUUAUUCAAAUAUAAAGACAGUCAAAUUGAAUUUGCUGAUAUUGGGGAAGAUUGUGGAUCAUGGUAACGGGUCUCUCGGCGUCUUCUUCCGCCACAACUCCACGGGGGUAGGCAACGUGUCCGUCAGCCUCGUGCCACCGACGAAAGAGGUGGAGUUCGACUUGGAGCGCCAAAGCGUGAUCCACCCCAAAGAUUCAAAGACGUUCAACUGCAGAGUGGACUCCGAGAAAACCGAACGCAACAAGAAGGUGAUGCUGUGCAACUACGACCCAUCAAAGACAUGUGAUCAGGAGCACACCCAGAGCCACGUCACCUGGAUGUGCUCCAGACCUUUCCAGGUCAUCUGCAUCUACGUGUCUUUCUACAGCACAGACUACAGACUGGUUCAGAAAGUCUGCCCGGACUAUAGCCUGCAGAGUCCAGCCUACCUGCCCGCAGGUUAAAGGACACUGAAGAGUGAUGUCUCAGCAAGCCUGCAUAGAAAAAUCCAGUUAGUGCAGCUAUGAGCCAGUUUGAUGGAUCAUUUUGGAGGUUCUUGAAGAAAUUUGUUUGAAAAAUUUCACUUUAGUUUCUAUGUUUUUAGUGCAAAGAAAUUGCCUGCUUUAAGAAUUUUAGAUCAUGUAACAAAAAAAGAUCAUGGUGCAACUAAAAGUUGCUUUCUUAAUUAUUCCAUUGAAUAUAUGGUUUUAUGAAACCACAGUGUUAUGAAAAUACUCACAAAAAUCUUGAUAUUUGUUCUUUUUCUGAACUGUAGUUACCAACACAAAAGGCUGUGUUAUUACUCAGCAGAUUAAUCAGCUAUUCCCUUCAUGUUUCUUUGGUUAAAGUAGACAAUGGUAGGUUUUUGGGUUCAUAAAAGCCAAGGUAUAGUCAUGCUUGAAUGUUCUUGUAUGCUGAAGCUGCAGGACCAUAAAUACUUGUGGCUCUGCAAAUCAGUCCUUCAAAAUUAUUUUCAUGCCACUGUCAUUUUUUCUGAAAUAAAGAAUUUCAUUUCUUUUCCUGUAAUAAUUAGAAUGUAUCCAUCCUCGCACUGUACUUACAAAUGCAUGACGUCUGUGACGGUUAACACUUACUUUGCUUUUCCCUUUUCAUGUUUUUCUUUAUAUCUGCACUGUAUUUUGCACAGUAAAAUAAAAACAGCAUUAAAAAUAAGAGAAAACUCCAACACGUGAUGAUCUUUGGGGAAAACCGCUGAGUUCAGGCAGCACAGAGUGACCUGUGAAACCACCUGGGGCUGCUUUAUAAGAAAGCUCACAGCCUGAUUUCUUGGUAGAAAGCUGAAGGGAGAUGUUUAUUCAUGAUUCUUGAUAUGAACUACCACUCAGAAGAGCUGCAGGCUAUAAAAGAUGAAGCACACAGGUUUAAGCUUUGUGUUAUUCAAAUACAUCUUGCUUUGCUUUGUUAAGAAAGUAUGCUUGUCGUUGCCCACACGUUCAUGUUCACGUUAUCUUUGAACAGCUGGCAGGUUAAACAGGCAUGUCAGACUGUCUUUGGAUAAACCUCAGUAUUGUAUCCUUGUUAAACUGUGUCUGCAGUUUAAACCCAGAGUGGCUCCGAGUAAAACUAAGGUGCACGCGAGAGUGCAGGGGUAUGGGUCAGGAAACUGCUCAGGAGGCGCAAUUAAACACAUCUGCUCGAUCGCUGCACUCGACGCACUGGCAACUAACCUUUUCUGCCGGGUGGAUGGAUGUUUAAUGACCCAGACACAGGCUGCUAACUCGAUUACGUAGGUGACAGAGGUUAAAGACACCCCUCACCAUCCACCGCUGUUUCCGAAACAGCGGGGAGAACGCUUCUGUCAACAGCUGCAAGUGCAGUCAACCAUAUUACUGAGUCUCAGCAUCCUAUGCAGCAUAUUGCUUUUUAUAAAUUAGCAAGGACAGAGUGGUGGGAGGACCAUCCACUACCUAAAAACAUGUUUAAGGAUUAUGCAGACAUUUGAUUUCAGCUUCUCUGCAGGCCGGCACCAGGAAGUUUUCAGUUAAGGGAAAACAAUAUGUGGAAAAAAUGUCCAAUGAGAGGUUCGUGCUAUUUGUACCAUUUCUAUAAUUGAUGUGCUAAUAAAGGUACUAUUGAAGGUACUUAUAAGCAGUACCUUAUAUUUCAUUGGUAAGUCAUGACCUUGUAUGCAAACUCUUCCU